AUGGCUACUGAACCACCAAAGACAACACCCAUUACUGUCUCAGAACUUAAAAAGUAUGAUGGCUCUGACCCAUCGCUUCCUAUUUAUGUAGCUAUCAAAGGCGAUGUAUUUGACGUUUCGAAUAACACUGCAUCUUAUGGAAAGGGUGCUGGAUAUAACGUGUUUACUGGAAAAGAUUCGUCCAAGGCUCUCGGAAAGUCUUCUUUAAAACCAGAAGAUUGCAUUGCAGAUUAUAGUGAACUGACUCCAAAAGAAAUGGAAACAUUAGAUCAGUGGUAUGCUUUCUUUGCAAAAAGAUACAAUAUUGUUGGAAAAGUGGUGCCUGAUAACUAA